UUGUUUACCCUGUCCGAACCCCCCCCUCGAAGCUCGCUUCAGCUUUCUCCUUAGAUUGUACAUCGAGAAACCGACCUAUAAAAGCAAUUCAUUGACUUUAACGAACAAAAUGACUCUCUAUUACAGCCUUGUGAGUAUGCGUGGAUUAUUAUUGCUCACCCCCCCAUUCGCUGUUCGAUUUGGAGUUUGCUGCAACCUGAUGGAUCGUGAUUCCACAGUAGCUGGAACAUCAAUUUUUUUUUUUCUUUUUAUAAAAAAAAAUAUCUUGAAGAACACUAACAAGUAUGGUCAUGAUCUGAAUAGGUUUUCUGCCUUCUCGUUUUCGAGAUGGCGGUCUUCAUGGGCCUGAUCGUUCCUCUUCCCUUCACUGUCAAGCGCAAGCUAUUCACCUUUAUUUCGGAAAGCCCGGUGAUAGCUAAAUUACAAUAUGGAUUGAGGAUUACAUUUAUCUUCAUCCUCAUUCUCUUCAUCGACAGCGUCAACCGGGUAUACCGGGUGCAGCUGGAGGUGGCUGCUCUCUCCAAGGACGGUGCUCUGGGGUACGUACUUUGUUCUCACGCUGUUAUUUCCAGGAUUGUACUAGGAUCAUGAUCGGAUUUUUUUUUCUCUUAGCGAUAUACGCUAAUUGUCUCUAGCAGAGCGGCUGCUCUUGGAGCUGAUCGCAUGGAGGUCCAGGCCCGCAAGUUCUACUCGCAACGUAAUAUGUACCUUUGCGGAU